CAGAACGCUGUCGUUGGAGGGCGCGCAACGGCUCCACCCCCGGCUGUCCUCCGAGGGCGCAGCAGACCAUCUCUUAUCGGAUCUCGAGUGCUACAUGAAGUUAAAUACCAGCACUUCGACAGCAGAGUUCCCAACCCGUAAGUUGCGGAUUAUUUACCAUACAUAUAAACAAACGCACUCCCUUGCAUCGGAAUCAGAAAAAUGUCGUCACAAUCCCUCCCCGUCCCGUCGUCCACAACGAAGAAAUUCUACGCCACAAAUUCGCCCUGGGAAGGCGUCUACGGCCAUUACCGGGCCAUUCGCGUCGGCCAACAAAUCUACGUCUCCGGCACAACGGCCGCCGACCCCGCGAGCCCGCCCGAAGCACCUCGCGUGCUAUGUCCCGGCGAUGCGCGCGGACAGACGCGCGCAACAUUAAAAGAAGUCAUCAAAGCGAUUCAGACCCUUGGCGGACGCGGCGCGGAGAGUAUUGUGCGCACGCAGCUGUUCAUUCAGAGACAUGAGGAUGCGCCGGAGGUUAUGGCGGGGUUUACUGACGUUCUUGGGCGGCAACAUGGCGGGGACAUUGGGUCCACCGCGAUCCUGCUCGUUGUCUCGAACUUUUCGGAUCCGGAGAUGUUGGUGGAGAUCAUGGUUGAUGCGAUCGCGGAUGCGGAGGCCCAAUGAGGGAUGGCGGGACUUGUAUGGAGGUUGGAUUUAUAUAUAUGCGAUGUGAACAAUUUUCCAGUCUCGCAAGGCUUCAAGCUUCAACGUACGUUAUAGCCUCAUUUCACAUUAAACGGGAGUAGAUCGAGCGUCUUUACAACAUCCUCCUAUAAUGACUAUUCGGUGUAGUAGCCGGAUUGCCACAAUUGAAACUAGACAAUGCACUUUCAGAUAUAGGUCCAUGACACUGGGCAAUAUGUCCCGGGCAUUGAUGCGUACAGACGAU